UAUCCUAAAUGUAUCGGAGCGUAACUGCGCUUUGUUUUUGGUGAGGGAUUUCCUGGCUGCCUGUCUUACUAUUGGCAUAUGCCUGCCCUGGAUGAUGCGCUUCUCUUCCCAGGCAUGACACACUUACUUGGCUGCAGAGCCACGGGACAGAAACACGACGAGGAAGCAAGAGGACAGAGGCAGGCGAGGGAGGUGAGGAUGCGGGUAAGAAAAGCGCGACAGAUGACGAUGAUGAUGGCGAGGACGGGGAUGAAGAUGAGAGUGAUGAUGCUAUCGACGAAGGAAUGGUCGUAGAAGAAGCGGAAGAAGAAGAACGGAAAAUAAAGCUCUGCGGGAUCGGAGGAUAGUAACAGUGGUGAUGCUGAUCGUGAGGCAGUUUGGAUUGUGAGUACGGGACCGCAGAGGCGAGGAUGCUCGGACGCUCGGAGCACCUGCUCGCUCAGUUUUGAUCAUUGUGCAGGGUAAAACCUCCGGUAUCACCGAGAGUUUAACGAAGCGCUAUUCUGGGGAGGUGGGCCAAGUCCCAGGAGAGAGAGAGAGAGAGAGAGAGAGAGAGAGAGAGAGAGAGAGAGAGAGAGAGAGAGCUCUCCGAGGACCUUUGGACUGAGUGCCGGUGAUCCAGCAGGGAUGUUGUUGUUCUGUUGUCAGUGAUGUGAGGCGACAUUAAGGAGCUGUUGAAAGGAAUCCUGACACAUAUUCCUACAUUUUUGCAGUAGGUGGACAGAGAGGAGAUUAACAAGAAUCUAUAAAGUGUUAGCUGGUGCCAUUUACAUGUAUAGCAGCACUGUGUCAUACAGACCAGUAGAAGUUGGCUUCCUGCCUGUUGAGAUGUGCCAAUAGGAAACACUUUGAACAGGGGUUCAUGCUGAUGAAAUUGAUCUGCUCAGUGAGCUCCAACCAGAGCCAUGGGGAGUACCCAGACUGCCGGAGUGAGAGGGAGUCAGGAGGGGAGGCAUCUCUCCUGGUGUCUCCGCUGGUGGUGGCGGGGAUCGUUAUAGGUCUAGUCCUCUUCCUCUCAUGCAUCACCAUCAUUGUCGGCAGCUUGCGCAAAGACAGUCGACUCCGAAACCCUCACCUUCGAGCAAGCUAUGGACAAGACAGUUUUUCUUAUGGAGGUUCAGCAGGUGAACUGAGGUCUAGCUGCUUGGAAGACUUUCCUCCUGGUUUAGACUUUGACUCAUACAGAGAGUCUCAGAUAAACAGUGUGUAUCCUGACUCCCCACCACGCUAUGAUGAGUGUGUCGGUCCAGGUUCGACUCAGAUCUACAUCCCUACAGAUGACCCACCUCCUUACUCAUUGGUGGACCCCUGUCAGGGGGGAGCAGAGCAGGAUGAACGGCCUUGCUACUCCCUUACAGAUCCUUCCCCACACUGCGGAGAGACCUCAGCCAGUGCUGCCUGGUUUUCUCCCUCCCACUACCCACUGGGACUGCAAGAGCAGGAGCAUCAACAUCUUGCAUCCAUCUCCUUCCCACUGGAGGCAGCACCACCUUAUGAGUCAAUGCUGCCAGAGCAGGGACAGCCCCUCCCUCUCAUGCCAUGUGACCUUUAUAAACACCAAUCAGAGAGGGGGGAUGAUGGCAACUCCCAGCAACUCCCUGCGAACCAGAUCUCAUAGGACAGUUAAUUUGUUUCUCUCACCUGUGGGCUUGGUGAAUUAAACAAACACUUGGGAUGUGUGGAAAAUAGCUUUCAUUAGCAGCUGUGACACCAAACGAUGGUCCAAAAGAUGUGCAUUUCUUCCACACGGUUGCAAAGACCUGAAGAGGCUGAAGCUUGACUGCAGUGCAGUCAAAACUCCAGCUUUCAACCAUUUUACUGUUGUUUGACUAUGGACAAAAUAAAACUCAAGAACUGCAUUAUACUGCAAAGUUCCUGGAAUGGCAACUUCUCUCAAUGGCUCUCCUCUAUGUUGUUUAGUUUAGUUUUGCCAUGUGUUGACUGUUAUCGUCUCCUUGAAGUAGGACUGAUACAAGAGUUGUGUGUCUUGUGUGGAGUUUAGUCUGAAUCGCUUCUAAACAAAUGCAUUUACAUUUAUCCAUCAUGUCAUAGACAACAGGAAAUUGAGUUUGUCUUUACAAGAAAGAGUAUGAACAGUAUAGAUGUGGGUUUUAGUAGUCUAGUUUAAGGUAUACACAAGCACACUCAGUACCAUCCCUGAGUUUAUUUUGCUGUGAUGUCACAUAUCUUCGUAUUUAGAAAUGUUUUGGGAAAAAACUGUACUUAGCUCUGAUGUUAUAUAGAACAUGUCAACUACCAGCACACCACUGCUGAUUUACAAUCUCUAUAGUGUGUGCAGACAGUAGCGUGGUUUAUGGCAACCUCCAGUGUUAGUUUGUUGGUUGUGGUAGUUUGAUUAGAAGGAGUUUGUGAUGAAAUGGCUGUGUAUAACAGGGGAACUACCUGGACAAGGAAUUAUCAACAUGCCAUUUUUCCAGGUAUAUUUGUAUUACCUUUUAGCACCAUGAUGAUGCUAUAGAAAACAUUGCUAGCAUGUCAUUUGAAUCUGUCAUCACCAGAGAGGAGUUCAACUUGUCCAGCUGUAUAAGUUGUCAUAAUUCUUCCAAUCAAGGGCUCUGGUUUUAAUGUCAAUGCUGUAACUGGAUCCCAGCAGCAAAAUGUAGCUUGGAGCUCUCCUCUUGUCGAGGUUGGGUUGAUGCAACGGAGAAGAAACACAGUAAACUGUAGACUUUAUUACAUUAUUCACUCAUAAGGGAUGCUUCUGCGUUGUUGUUCUUGUUCUACUCUCAUAAAAUAAUUCACUUGGCUUAAACCGUUACAAAUGUUUUCUGUAUUGCACACAGGUGAGCAACACAUGGCUUGGCUAGCCAAUAAACUAAUUACUAAUGACCAAAAUAAACUGAUGUGGAAACUUUUUGGGUCAUUCCAUCUUAACUCAUUAAAUUUCUAGUAACUUCUCUUUUCAGCCACCUUUGUUUUCCACGAAAUGUUCAAAGUUUGGAUAUAUUCUGUAUGAUAAUUGUUGUGAAAUUUUACCUUAAGAUAUUAAAUACCUUUGUAGAUUUUAAAAACAACAACAUUGAACAUUUAAAUUACUUUGUCAAUAGUGGUCUUUGACAACGUGAGAUGGUUUUGGGGGGCAAAAUGUCAUAGCAUGAAAG